AUGUCUAUGGUUCUGUCCACACAACUGUGGUCUGCGCUCGGCUCGCCGUACCGAGAUAAGAUCACCAUAGCGAUCCUCCAGCUGCAGGAGGAGGGGAAGCUGCACAUGAUGAAGGAGAAGUGGUGGCGAGGGAACGGCUGCCCGGAGGAGGAGAGCAAAGAGGCGAGCGCUCUGGGCGUCCAGAACAUCGGCGGCAUCUUCAUCGUGCUCGCCGCCGGCCUCGUCCUGUCCGUGUUCGUGGCGGUGGGAGAAGUGCUCUACAAGUCCAAGCAGAACGCCCACAUGGAGAAGCGCUCCUUCUGCAGCGCCAUGAUGGACGAGUUGCGGGUCUCGUUAAAGUGCCAGCGGCGCCUGAAGCAGAAGCCGCCGCCUCCGGUCAUCGUGAAGACGGAGGAGGUCAUCAACAUGCACACCUUCAACGACCGCAGACUCCCAGGCAAAGAGACCAUGGCAUGA